AUGGAGGAGGUAGCCUUAAAUAAGGAACAAGGUAGUGGGGAGCAAGGGAUACAACAAACACUUGCACAUGAAGAAGUUGGGAUUGAUGAAGCUCUCUCAAGAAGAAAGUGCACUAGAGUGAAGGAGACACCAAUCGAGUAUAGAGGAAGAAGAAGAUCUGCAUUUCCGCCGGGAAGACUAGGCUGGCCGAUCCUUGGUGACACCUUCAGCUGGUAUAAUGCUGUUGCCAGUUCUCAUCCCCCUUCCUUCGUUCAACAACAGGCUCAAAGAUUUGGGAAGAUAUUCUCUUGUAACUUACUGGGGAAAAGAGCAGUAGUAUCAGUAGAUCCUGGAUUUAACCGAUUUGUAAUGCAAAACGAAGGAAAAUUAUUCCAAUCGAGUUAUCCGAAAUCGUUCCGGGAUUUGGUGGGAAAAAAUGGAGUGAUCACAGUUCAAGGAGAGCAGCAAAGAAAGCUCCAUGCUAUUGCCUCCAAUUUGAUGCGUCUCAACAAUCAUUUCUUGAAUGAUAUUCAAAUGAUUUUGGUAAAAACAUUUGCAAAUCUUCGUGAUUCUCAGGUUAUACUUCUACAAGAUGUUUGUAGAAAGGCAACUAUUAAUCUGAUGGUUAAUCAACUCUUGGGGGUGUACAGUGAAUCUGAAAUCAAUGAGAUGGCUCAGCUUUUCUCUGACUUUGUUGAUGGUUGUCUCUCAGUUCCUGUCAACAUACCUGGAUUUGCAUACCAUGCUGCAAUGAAGGAGGAACAUGAUAAUCUUAAAGUAGACUCUUCUACAGAUAAAAUGCUUACGUGGCAAGAUUAUAAAUCAAUGAUCUUCACUCAAUGUGUUAUUGAUGAAACUCUUCGACUCGGGGGAAUUGCAAUCUGGUUGAUGAGGGAGGCGAAAGAAGAUGUUGCAUACCAAGAUUAUGUAAUCCCCAAAGGAUGUUUUGUUGUUCCAUUUCUCUCAGCAGUUCAUAUGGACGAGAGUUUAUAUAAAGGAUCUCUCUCUUUCAAUCCUUGGAGAUGGUUGGAACUUAAAAAUCAGGAAAAGAGGAACUGGAGAAGUAGCCCUUUCUACUCUCCAUUUGGAGGAGGUGCUCGGUUUUGUCCAGGAGCUGAAUUGGCUCGCCUUCAGAUUGCUCUCUUUCUCCAUUACUUUGUUCUUACAUACAGGUGGACUCAGCUCAAAGAAGAUCAGAUGUCCUUCUUCCCGUCUGCUCGCUUAGUUAAUGGCUUCCAAAUUUUUUUGAGCAAACGAUCUGAUAAAUGA